AGUAGUUUGAGUUUGAGUAACGAGUUGUGAUUAGAGAAAGAAAAAGGAAACCCAGAAAUCAGAUAGAUAUAUAAAUGGAUGCGAUGCAAAUAGCUCUGCCAAUUGUGGGAAUUGUUGCGGCUGCGGCUGUGACCUUUUAUGCAGUAAGCUUUUCUGAGCUUAGAGAGAAAUCAUUUAGAGAUUUGGAAGAAUCUGAAAAUGAAAAUGAAGGUUAUAGGCCAUCCCCUAGCUCCCGAGAGAGGCGUGCUAGAAGACAAGCUAACAAAAAUAGCACAAAAAGUUAACAAGAUUGAUUGAAUCAUCUCUCCUUUUGCCAAGGUGUGGAAUUGCUUUCCACCACCGUCUUUCUAUCUUUUAA